GACAUUGGAUCUUGGCAGCAGAAUGGUACGAUUGGAAUUCAUACUUCUUUUGCUUGUGGUUGCUGGGGCAGACGCCAUUUCGUUCCGUGUUGAGCCUGGCCAAAAGACGGUUGUCAUCGGCCGAACGGUUACGCUUCGAUGUCAAGUCGACGACCAAUCCGGUAUCAGCGUGUACUGGCAGAACGUAUUGACGGGUCAGUAUCUAAGCCGGGACCGUAAGAUCGACCCAUUUAACAGGCUGAACGACUCCAUUCGUGGGAGGUACCGGAUCGUAGGUAAUUCUGACGGAGAAUAUAAUUUGAUGAUUCGCCGGGUAUCCAUGACAGAUGGCUCAUAUUACGCUUGUGCCUACUUCACUGACGUAGCCUAUUACUCCCAGGUUGUGCGAAUUAAAGUUCUGAAACCUCCAGAUAAGGGGUUUCCCUUGUGUCUCCUGGGGCCCAAGUUAGAGAUGAAAAUUGGCGAUAACGUUACUUUGGUGUGCGAGUCCAGAGGCGGAAAACCACCUGCCACGUUAACCUGGGUACGAGGCAAACAGAUUGUAAGAUCCACCUUUAUACCGCACGCUACUCGUACGGUAAUAGGUUACAAACAUACUCUCACGGAAGCCGAUCGAGACGUCAGAUUCACCUGCUUAGCACGGAACGAAGCUUUGCCUCAGCCCCGGUCUUGCUACGUGAUCCCACUCCGGAGCCGUAUCAAAGUCAUGCUUCGCCCGGUUGUUACUUGGGUCACCCCCGGGGACAGUGUCAUCUUUAACUGCAUCAGUGAGAACGUGCCGAAUUUGGAAUACCAGUGGACCGUGAAUGGUAAUGUGAUUACCAAGUCAACAGCUAAGUACAGACUUCUUCGGAAAGGCGUCAAGCUGAAGAUCAUAAACGUAACUCUUCGAGACGAAUUAUCAGUUAUUAUUUGUCGGGUAGAACAGAAACAACUCGGUCUUGGCGAUCGUGCUGUGGGACAACUCUGGAUUCGACGCACAGACAGCAAUCUGCCCGAAUUGUCUAGCACAACACAGCAGAGUAUUCCACAGACACCUGCAGUCAUCCCAACAGUGAAUACUAACAGAUUUUGGGAGCAAUCCUCUGGAGAAUUUAGUAACAGUGGGCUGUCAUUCUUCGAAACAACGACUUCUACUCUAAUGACUACUGGUGAGAUCUUUACAACUGAGCCAUUUAUCCAACUGAUUGGAACAACUGAACCAGAUAAUACCCAGCUGGUAGCCGUAAGUGAGUUGGGUACCAUAACGGAACCGGUUACCACUCCACCUGUUACCAUCACUGAACCAGAUACUGCCCAACAGAUUACCACAGCCAAACUCAUCACCAUUCAGCCGGUUUCUACAACUGAACUAGUUACCACUGGGUCGGUUAUCACGACUGAAGUGGUUGCCACUCAGCCUGUAACCAUCACUGAACCAGUUACUGCCCAAGAGAUUACCACAGUUAAACUCAUCACCAUUCAGCCGGGUUCUACAACUGAACUAGUUACUACUCAGCCGGUUAACACAACUGAACCAGUUACCACUGGGUCGGUUACCACGACUGAAGCGGUUACCGCUCAGCCUGUAGCCAUCACUGAACCAGUUACUGCCCAACAGAUUACCACAACUAAACUCAUUCCCAUUCAGCCGGUUUCUACAAUUGAACCAGUUACCACUCAGCCGGUUACCACCACUGAACCAGUUGGCACUCUGGUGGCUACCACGUUGGAACCCGUUACCACCACUGAACCAGUUGGCACUCUGGUGGCUACCACGUUGGAACCAGUUACCACCACUGAACCAGUUGCCACCCACCCGAUAAUCACAACUAAACUUGUCACCACAACCAGACUAUUUACCACAGAAAUAGAGACCACAGAGGCACAGACAACUAGUGGGAACGUAUUGGCAACCAUUGGGUCACAACCGUCAUUAUCAACAGACGUACCAAAUGUUAUCGGGGCAAACAAUGCAUUGACAAGCUUGAAUCCAGUUUCUGGUGAACCAGACAAUUUAAUUCCUGUGGCCUUUAAACCGACUCGUGACGAAUGGGAUAGCGUUCUAUACGAGAAUAAUCUUCCUUUGGCUAGAUUAGGAAUCGGCACCCAUGAACAAAGAGGUGAUGUUCCUCAGGCCACUUCACCCUCUCCACCAACCACUGGACAAACAGCCAUGGGGGCUAAAGAGCCUACCCACCCCAUCACAGACCGCACAACGACCCGCCAUACUACGCUAAUUUCGGACAAACCCAGCCAGACAACUGAGUCAAAUGGGAAAAGUAAAGCUGGAAUUGCGGCCGGGUUGAGCAUUAUGUUCAUAGGCCUACUCUUCGCUCUCAUUGGGAUGGCUUUCUACUUUAUCAAGUCCAGAAGAUCAUAAUACUAUUUCUCAGUUUUCCAUGGCAAAAGAAGUCGCACGUGGCACUACCCAUAACAUGUUAGUGAAGCAGUGUGACGCUGUAGCUGUUGUGUGGAGAAAAAAGUUAAAAGAAACUGUUCACUUUUUCGGUUGCCACUUUGAAACUUCAUGCGGCUUUGAUGUCGCUAAUGUGCACAACAUUUUCUGCAAUGAUGCAUUAUGAUACGUCUUGAAAUUUACUCUUUUAAAUGGACUCAUUUCAAAUUCGCACUUUUUCCGUUGAACUAUUAACCCAACUGGGUACAAUUCUAAAGGUUAACUGUCAGUCAAAGGGUAAACAGUCCAGAUUUUCGUUCAUUCUAAAUAGAUGAGCUAUGGUCCAAAUAUACUUGUUAACAGUGUGAGGGAUGAUAUGAGCUUGGAUUGCCAUUUUAAAACUACUUACUGUGAAUAAUUAAUGGAUAUGGAAUUGAUUAUUGUUUGAUGGCGUUUUUCUUGGAAAAGGGUAUAAUCUGUGAUCGACUGCUUAAACCAAACAAUACACUUGUAUGAAAAUUCACAUCUUGGAAUGGUUUACUACAACGUUUGGAUUACUUCAACGUUUGUGAAGUUUAACAAAUUUGGCUGCAUGGGAAAUAUUUUGCAAUAGUUUGUUGGACAUGAUUCUUCACAUUUAUAGGAGACAUCUUAGUACUAACUGCACUUUCCAGUAUGCAAUACCAUUCAUUGUUGUUUUCUCAAACGAUAACGUGGUCCGCGCUUUUUGAAAUCGGGCCAUAAUAAACAAUGGACACUUUUGCGAAAAGGUUUCUACACCUUUCCCCCAUUGUUGACUCUUUUGUGUUCCAAUAAUGUAAUGGAUGGUUGCAUUCUAUUAAGUAUUCGAGUUUUCGCGCAACUGAUGACAUUGCAUUGCUAUUUUAACACUUUUAAAACUUUCAAUGGAAAAUUUGACGAUAUCUUAAUGUUUGUAUUUUAAUUUGUGUUUAAUCAACUUGGGGGCAAGUGGUAAAAUACGAAAUCUAAAGAGCUGAAAAUAAAUUAAUGUCUUUUUUGAAA